CUGUCGUACGGAUCUAUUGUCUCUUUAUUCAUUUUUCUUGGCGUUUGAUUUAACACUAUGUUAAGAACAUCAGCAAAUAAGAAUAUAAUAGGUAAAAUACUUAUUUAAACUUUUACCAAUAAUUUAACUAUAAAGUCUUAUUUCUAUUUCAGGUCUUCAUUGAGCUUCCAUAUAUCUCUUCUUCAUGUAUUUUACACUGUUAUAUUUUACCUUCUACGGUAUGAUGUCAGUGGCCAUGACACCCAACCGCAACAUUGCUGCUGUAAUUUCUAUAGCAUUCUAUGCUGUGUCAAACCUCUUCUCUGGAUUCAUAGUUCCAAAACCAAAAAUUCCAGUAUGGUGGAUUUGGUACUAUUGGAUGAGCCCUGUCGCUUGGACAUUGAAUGGAUUGGUUGCAUCACAAUAUGGAGAUAUAAAGGAAAGGUUUGAAACAGGGGAAGUAGUAGAAAAAUUUGUGACUACCUAUUUCGGCUUUGAACACAAAUUCAGAGGAGUGGUAGCUGUUGUAGUGGUUGGGUUUGCUGUCCUAUUUGCAUUCAUCUUUGCCUUCUCAAUAAGGGUAUUUAACUUCCAGAAAAGGUAAUUAAGUUCUCAUAAUGCAUUCUGGGGAAGCUAAUCAAGCAAGUAGUCUCCAAUUCAACCAGAAGCAAGACACAAUUCCAGCAAUGUAGAGAAUGAGUUUGAAGUUCUAAAACUUUUUAGGCUCUCUUUGGUGACUCUACUUGAGAUUUUUUUCAUUUUUAAUUGCUGAUGGUGUAGAUCUUUUUCUUUCAUAUUUCUUUUAAUGGUUGAUAUUUAUAUUUUGUAAUGAUAAUGUAUGUCGACGCUUAUUGAAACGGCGAUGGAUUACUCCAUGAG